AUGGAUGAAGAUUUCAAAAAAUUUGCCAGUAAAUAUGCGAUAAAGAGGGUCAGUGUAUCGGGAGGUGAUUACGUAUGGUCUUAUUAUCAGGUGGGCUCUGGUGACCAAGUUGUAUUCCUCCACGGCAUCUGUGGUACAGCGGCAUCAUAUUUCUAUUUGUUAGAAGAAUUAGCAAAAAAUAUAAGUAAUAUUUAUCCAAAUUACCUAACGCCAGAGGUUUGGUCUUACGGAUUUCUGAACUUCCUAGAUUAUUUAAAUGUUAAACAGCCAGUAAUAGUUGCUUCAGAUUUAUCUGCUUUUCUGAUCCAAUUAUUUGUAAACAAAUUCCCUACAAUCGCAAAAUCGUUAUUCCUUAUAAAUCCCUAUAGAAGAACAGACUUAUUCUGUUUUCUAUCUAUAUUUAGAAGCUUCUUUGGCCCUAUCUACACCUUACUAUCACAUGAUUAUCUGAAACAAAUUUAUUUGGAUUAUUACAUAAACGACCCUUACACCGAUCAAUCUAGAGUCGAGCUCAGAGAUUUCAACGCUAGAAAAUUUAUGUUUCAACAACUAGAUAACAUAAGUGCUAAAGACCUUGGAUCCAGACUUUGUCUACAGCUAACAGAAUGCGAAGUCUAUAGUUUACCUGAAUAUUACAAAAAUUGUCUAACACUAGUGCAAACUUUUGACAGUGGUGUGCCGAAGGAGUUGAGAAAUGAUGUAAAGAAUGCUUAUCCAUCGUGCAAAUAUGCUUUAAUGAAGUCAGGGUUCAAUUUCCCACAGUUAUCCAGGUGCAAUGAAUUACUAUCCUUUCUAUACGUACAUUUGAAACACAACAAUAACAAUGAUGAAUAA